UUGACACCCUAAUAAUUAAGUUCUAUGUAAGGGAGGUUAAACGAAUUGACAAGGAGAUUAAGAGGUUAAACGAAAGAAUUUAGUGAAAAAGGUUAAAGUAGAGAUACAUUAAUAUAAUAGGAAAAAUCAUGGAAAUAGAGGAGAGAAGGUGGGCCCUAAGUUGGAAAAAUGUUUAGAUGGAUGUUGAAAUAUACGUAGUAAGAAUUUUUAUUUUUUUUAUUUUUUAUUUUUUUAUUUUUUUUGUUGAUCGGACAUAGUAAGAGUUAAAGGAGCCUAUUUUUUAUUUAUUACUUCGUAUUAUUUUUUAGUUUUUUUUCACCUUUGGGUAUUUAACUCGUUUUUCAAAUAACCAUAUACGCUUAACAAUUAACCUUAACUGGGGGAAGCUCCCCAUUUUCAGCUUGUAAUUUACUUAUCAGUGAAGCAAAACUGAAAAUGAAAAUAAAUUCUGACUGUUAAUAUUAUUGUACCAAAUUCGGAGUAUGUGCCAUUUGGCAUUAACUUAAUAUACGUGUCAUCAAUUUUUAUUUAUUUUCUGUUUUGUAAUGUAAGCUUUCGACUUUAACGUUGCAGUCCUUUCUGUCGAUCUCUCUCUCCUCCAUUGAAGCAGCUUCCGAGCUUUCUCUUCAUCGAAACAGCUUCUGAGAAUUAGGUAAAGUAUCAAUCACAGUAUCAAGAUGACUUGUGAAAAAGAAGAUGCCUCGGGACAUGGAGAGGAGUUGAUGGAUGUUGAUAUUGCUGACGCUAGCAAUGGGUGUAUGACUGAGAUAAGGGAAAAUGGUUUGCUUCUUUGGCCGGUAUUGCCACAGGAAGGCGGAGAGGGUCUUCCAUAUGCCCCUGUAAACUGGCCAAGCCCUGGUGAUAUAUGGGGUUGGAGGGUUGGCAAAAGAGUAGCUGCUUCUGGAUAUUAUCUUGACAGAUACUUGUAUCUUCCUUUGCGUUUCCAGAAAUCUAGGCGCAAGAGGGAUGGUUUCGCAAGCAAGCUUUCAGUCGAACAAUAUGUUCGAGCAAGGUUCCCUGGUUCUAAUGUCAAUGCUUUCUUUUCGUCUUUUAGUUGGAAGAUUCCUUCAAAUCAGGCAUACUUGUUGAAAGAUGAACAUGGUUCUUUCCGCAUAUCAUCUGAAGAGAUGGCAGCGCAGUCUCCCUCUAAUUUGCCUCCUGGUGCUGUGGGUUGUAAGGCUGGUAACAGUUUUUGUUCUAGUCUUCUGGAAGAUCAGAUGUCUCCUGCAGCUACGCAAUCUUGUGAAAUUUGCUGCAGUGAACCUAGUUUUUGUCGGGAGUGUUGUUGUAUACUAUGUUGCAAAACCAUAGAUAUAGCCUCUGGUGGCUACAAUUUUAUCAGAUGUGAGGCAACAGUAAGUGAUGGUAUAAUAUGUGGUCAUGCGGCUCAUAUUAACUGUGCUCUCAGAUCGUAUAUGGCUGGGACAGUUGGAGGAAGUGUCGGGCUAGACACUGAAUACUAUUGUCGGCGUUGUGAUACACGGACUGAUUUGACUAAGCAUAUCACAGGACUUUUGAAGACAUGUGAAUCUAUUGAAUCUCAGGAUGAGAUUGACAAGAUAUUAAGUGUUGGUGCCUGUGUUUUGCGAGGAUCACAGAAAAAGGGUUCACAAAAACUGCUGAAUCGUAUCGAAUCCAUUUUGCAAAAGCUAAAAGUUGGGAAUGAUAUGGAAGAUGUCUGGAAAGUGGAAGUGGACAUUUUACCUAUUCCCACAGGUGAAUCUAUAUCUCAAAUUCAUUAUCAUUUCAGCUCCUAUGACGAGAAUGGAGCAGGACAACUGGAUGGUCUGGAUCAUUCAAACUCUGCAUGCACAGACCUAGGUGAAGAUGAUCUUUUGUAUCAAAAUGGGUAUCUGAAAUUGGAGGAGGAAAUUACUCAAGUUCUUCAGGAACUUAAAAGGUCGCAAGACUAUGAAUUUAGUAUUGCUCAUGAUAGGCUUCAUGCUCAAAAAGAUCACCUUUUUAGCCUCUAUCAACAAGUUUACAAGGAUAAGCUAGAACUAUUACGACCUUCACCAUCAAAGGACCGUGAUGCCUUGCUCGGAUCUAUUGCAGCCAGAGAAGAGCAUAUUAAACAUGAGCUCAGCAAACUCAGAGAUAUGGAAAAGGUUGCCAAUGGAUUUGGAAAGACUCCCAAAGAAAUUCUAAAAGAACACUUUGAUCUGGAUCGCAAAGACUGAUACCUGCAUUCACACCAACUUCAAUUGUCAUCUCUUCUUUUUCUGUUCUUCAAUCCCAGGAAGAAGGUGAGAUACCACCAAUGAGUUCCUACUCGAAGGACUUUGUUCAUAUAGCUGUUGAAAAAAUUUUGGAUGAUUAAACAAACGUCACAUCUGCCUUUGAAACUACCUUCUUCUUUUAUACCCUUCUUUUGUGUUUGUAUACACACAUCAGUCACAUGUACUUUUGUGCUUGUUUCUUGAUGCUUUUUCAUCAUUACUACUCCCUCCGUAUUAAAAAGAUUAGCCACUUCUGUAGUCAGUUGACGUACAUUAAUGGCUCAUAACGAGUUACUUGUCACAGUGGGUAAUCUUUGGGAUGGUCUGAGUUUUUUUUUUUUUGGUGGAAUGUUUAAUUAUUUCUUGUCAGUAGGCUGUCUUUGCGGCUUUGCCUAGGACCUGAUUAUGUUGUAAGAUUUUCAUUUCAGACUUUUCUUAUGAAACUGUAGGGAAAUUUGUCGACAACAUCAGUUUAACCUUAUUUUACUUUGAAUAUACCUACCUUUUAGUACAUUUUUGUA